UUGCCAAGCGUCAGUUCAGGACCCACAGCCAUAGCAGCCUGUGGAGGUGUGCUCAAGCCUUGUAAUUCCUGUUGUCUAGAAUCGUUUUUCUGAAAUUUCGAAUAAUAAUGCUUAAGACUUUGCUCAAAUUCAAGUAACACCGAGGUUUCAUUUAAGGGACGAGUAACCAUGGCUACCACAGAGGAGUCAGGCUCACCAGAGGGUAAAGAACACCGUGGCUCAGCAAUUCCGGAUGGGAAAUACCCAAUGAAAGUGCUUUACUGUGGAGUGUGCACUUUGCCUACAGAGUAUUGUGAGUACAUGCCAGAGCCAGCUAAAUGCAGACAAUGGCUGGAAAAGAACUUUCCAAAUGAGUUUGCAAGGUUGACAAUGGAUAACGUUCCAAGGCAAGAGACGAAGGCCGGGGAUGCCCCUUUUGUUGGAGAAGAGGAGGAGAAGAAGAAGCAGAAGAGAGGUGGACGAGGACAGAUCAAACAGAAGAAGAAGACUGUUCCCCAGAAAGUCACAAUAGCGAAAAUCCCACGGGCUAAAAAGAAAUACGUGACACGAGUUUGCGGCCUAGCGACUUUCGACAUAGAGCUUAAAGAAGCCCAGAGAUUCUUUGCGCAAAAAUUCUCCUGUGGUGCCUCAGUAACAGCAGAGGAUGAGAUCAUCAUUCAGGGUGACUUCACAGACGACAUCAUUGAUGUCAUCCAAGAAAAGUGGCCUGAGGUGGAUGAUGACAGCAUUGAUGAUCUCGGAGAAGUCAAGAAGUGAAGACCCAACAUGCACUUUUACUGAAAUGGAUGCGAUGUGACACAACAACUUGGCCAAAUGUACACAUUCACAUUAAAAGUCAUUUUAUAUCUAUUUUAUUUACUGUAUAGAGAGUUGGUCGGUGGACCUGACCACUUCCUUGGCAUUUUUCUUUUGUUUCAGUUCUCGAUAGCUGCUUUCUUCCUUGGUUGCCAAAGGUCUGCUAUUAUGUGAACAUCUUACACAACUUCGCUCACUUCACUUCGCGAACUGUAGGCUAAUAAAUUUUUGCUGUCAGUA